AUGAACAAUCGAAAAGCGUUUACCCUCAUCGAGCUACUGGUGGUGAUUGCCAUUAUCGCAAUCCUCAUCGCCCUGUUAUUACCGGCGGUACAACAGGCACGCGAAGCUGCACGCCGUAACAGCUGCAAAAACAAUCUGAAACAAAUCGGACUGGCUUUGCACAACUAUCAUGAAACAUUCAGCGCGCUGCCCCCGGGUAGUAUCGUCUACUUCAAUGGUACUAAAUACUACGGACACGGCUGGACCUGGCACGCCAGCAUCCUGCCUUAUCUCGAUCAGGUUCCGAUGUACAACCAGAUCCAGGGACCAGACUCCAGCGGCAUGGGAGCCGAAUCAGGUGGUACAACCAGUGCCAAACAGCAACUGGCCGGACAGACUGUGCUUUCCGUAUUCUGGUGCCCCUCCCAGCCCGACGUAACGCAGGGUGUGCAGAAAGGGGGCUAUUCGCCUUCUAACUAUAACGGCAACAUGGGCACGCUGAUCGGUAACUCGGGCGACAACUGCUACGGCGGUUCGAUUACGACUCCCGCUCAGAUGGCAGCCACCGGUGGUUGCAUGGGAGCCGACGGUAUCUUUUACAUCAGCAGCAGCGUCCGUUUCCGGGAUGUCACCGACGGCCUGUCAAACACCAUCUUCGUCAGUGAAGUCAUCGAUUCCGGCGGAGACGCCAACAUGCUGGGCGGCGGGGGCAGUGACCGCAAGCACUGUUUCUCCGGGGGUGCAGACAGCAAUCCGCCCACCGAAAUGUCGGAAUACCUGAUCGCCGCCGAGAGCAAUGACCCGAUCAACGGUUAUGCCGAAGAAGCAGCCGGCAGCUACCACACCGGCGGCGCCCAGUUCGUCUUCGGUGAUGGUCGUGUCCGCUUUCUCUCGGAAAACAUCGACAUGACUCUAUACCGUGCCAUCAGUACUCGUGCCAAACGGGAAACCCUCAGCGACUUCUAA